AUGCGGCAGAAGUUUAUUGCUGGUGGAGCUUCUGUCUUACCGCCAAAAUCCCCACCACUGCUCAACGGCAAACAACAUCAGAAAGGAUGGCUUCCACCACAGAGCUCACGCAGAGCGAUGAUCACCCGCCGCACUUGGAUCCGAGCGAACUGGGCACGAAGCAAUAGCCCAUCCGCAUACGGAGUACUUUGCCCUGUUUUGUUAUUGUGUUUGCUUAAUCACCGCUGUAGCUGGGAGUCAUACUACGAACGCUCGUUGGAGCAUUUGUCCUCGAAGCAGCGCGGGAGUCGGACGGCUGGAGAUGCGGACGCCAGCAGCGAUAACAACGACGACGACGACGACGAUGAUGACGAUCCGGGUACGUCCUGGUUUACCGAGCACAAUGCGCCGGAGAAAGUGUUGCGGUUCUUGACGGCGGAAGGGUUCCCGCUUGCGCCCUGCAACACGAGCGGGCGGGAGCAGCCGAGGAUAUUGGAUCUGGGGACCGGGAAUGGGAGUAUGCUGACGUUGCUGAGGGAGGAAGGGGGGUUUCUCGGGGAUAUGGUCGGGGUGGAUUACUCGGAGAGGAGUGUGGAGCUGGCGAGGAGGUUGGCCGGGGGUGAUGGUGGUGGCCAGGGGCGGCGGAUCCGGUUUGAGGUGUGGGAUAUACUCGCUGCUGGCGAGGGUGAUGAUGAUGAUAAUGAUGGUAGUGGUGGUGGUAAUAAUGGACUGGACGGCUUGGAGUGGUUUCCUGCGGCGGAGGGCGGGUUUGAUAUCGUGCUGGAUAAGGGUACAUUCGAUGCCGUGUCGUUGUCCGGGGAGGAGAUUGUCGAGGGCGAGAGGAAGGUGGUGAGGCGGGUGUGCGAGAUGUAUCCGCGGGUUACGAGGCGGUUGGUGAAGAAGGGCGGGUUCUUGGUGGUGACAAGCUGCAAUUGGACGGAGGACGAGCUGGUGAGAUGGUUCACGCGGGCUGAUGGCCGUGACGGGGGAGAUGCGCUGGAGGUCUGGGGCAAGGUCGAGUAUCCCAAGUUCAGAUUUGGCGGAAUGGAAGGACAGGGGGUGUGCACGGUUUGCUUUCAGAGGAAGAGAGGGCAGUAA